AUGGUCUACUGUGGGAAAGCCUCUCAGGGCUGCCAGAACUGUCGCGUGCGACGUAUCAAGUGUGACAAAAUCAAACCGGAGUGCUCACAAUGUAUUCGAGUUGGGAAAAAGUGCCCUGGAUAUCGCGACCAGCUGUCCCUCAUGUUUCGUGACGAGAGCAGCAAGGUGAUACAAAAAGCACAUGCGCAAUGGGGUGUCGGCGAAUCCUCUGAGGGUCUAUCAACACAGACGUCCUCCAGCUCUUUGGCUUCGUCUUACUCGUCUAACGCCUCUACUCAAGCCUCAUCCGUUUCUGCAUCUUCCUCUUUAACAUCUCUACACAGCUACCCUGGUCCCGCCUCGAUAACAUCCUCUUACAAAUCCUUCAAAGAUGGCUGGCCAACAUCUCCUGCUUCAACUGCGAGCCAGCAAACACCAUCACCGACCCCUCAAUCCCCUGCUUCAUCUUUAUAUCAUACGUCCUCAAAUGCUUCAACAGUACAGCCUAUUGUUAUACAACCACCACGGCUUUCGCCGCCAAUCGAUCCAAGUCUCGAGGAGCAGGGCGUUCAGUUCUAUGUCAACCGUUACCUAAUAGGCCACCCAGAUGAGCCCAGGUCCCCCGGCGAUUUGUCACACACGGAAUGGCUAUGGAACCCUGCUGUUCAAGACGUAAUGGCCGCGGUUGGCCUCGCUAGCCUUUCCAACCUCAAAGACGAUCCCAGCAUGAUGACGAUAGCCCGUCAACGAUAUGGGCUGGCCUUGCGUCAGACUGGUCGCCUCGUACAGACCUCGAGCAUGCCGGAUUUUGAGGUCACGAUGCGCUCCGUCGUCAUGCUUGCCAUGUUCGAGCUUGUCAAAGGAGCUUACCAAGGACUAGGGCACGUUCAUGCGCACGUUAUGGGCGGGCUAGCUUUAUUGCGACGAUGGCUACCUAUGCCAGCGGCAGCCUUUCUCGGCGUUCGUGCCAUGGUACAGAUGUCCUAUUCUCUCUUUAUACCUGCUCACAUGUCUGCAACACCUCUACCAGACCCCUUAUUCGAAUGGAUUUCGUUUGCAAGAACCCUCCUUGACCCAGCCGAUCACCCUGCUACCGAUCUCGGCCCAUUAAUUGGCCGAUUCAUUCAGGUCUCAACAUAUAUCAAGACUCAUGCUCUGGUUGACGGCCGCUCUAUCACAGUGUCCACCCUGAAGCAAUUAUUAGAUAUCGACGAGUCGUUCCUUGGCUGGGAACGGAAUCUUGGACUUACAUGGCGCUUUCGCGAAGAGAAAGCGGAACACCUACCACCAGCUGCAAUAUUCGAUGGCGCAUGUCAUGUCUAUUUCGACAUGUUCGUUGCGCGGAUGUAUGGACACUACCGAUGGGCGCGGACUCUCUUGAAUCAGACUAUCAUCGAAUUCAUUAAAGCGUACCCCAAAUCUAGCGCGCCCUUGAUCUCGCUGGCCGAAUAUGGACAUCGAUACGAGAUCGUUAGAAAACUCGCUCGCGACACUCUCGUGAGCACCCCAACACAUUGGCGACACCCGCUCCUCGCCGAAAAGGCUGCUGUACCAGUAGAGAGACCAGGAGGGGCGGGCUCUGGCUCUGCUGGGCUUCCCGUUGUUCUGUUUCACCUCCAAGUCGCUGCCUGUGCUCCUGGUGUCCCAGAAGCAUACUGGCACUGGGUUGUGGCAGUGAUGGAGUGCAUCUGGAGCGAUAUGGGCAUUCUUCAUGCUAAGUGCAUGAUGGACACCAUGAAGGCAUAUCGUGACUCGUUGAAGAUAAAGAAGGAAGUGAUCGAAAGCAGAGUGUGGUGAUGAUAACUCGCCCAGGCAUCGAUAUGGUUAUGAACAAAAUCGUGAGAUGCCUGGGACAGUAUGAAUGCAUCUUGUUCGGUGUUUACUGGCUUUGUGGGCUGCAUUGGCAUUGAGCUUCUUCUUUUGGGUGCUUGGGGUAGAAAAACUGACAUCGAGCGUGGUUCUUCACCUGGAGUUGGUUGGUUUGAGUAUUGCAUCUGGACUUUUAGGUUCACGGAAGGUUAUGGUUAACGAAUAUUGGGUGCAUGGCCACUUAUGCUUGCGGUAGACAUGAUAACUUCUUAGCCUCGGUGUUGCUACUCGCACCUAAGGCCUUUGUAUUAUACAACUUACGUUCAUAAAUUCUUUGCCUAUAAUAUGACCAGCGCUAGGUGGAAGUGCCCAUGGCUCAGUCAUCUUAUACUAUUUACAUUUAUUAGCACACUUAGUAGCCCAUUAGAAGGACGAG